CCGUAAUGCAUAGUGCGAGGAUGCCGCUUAUUUAUGACAUGAUCGUGAUCGGUUCUGUGCCAAGCCCUGAAGGUUGUUCAUAAAGGCAGAUGGAUUGAAAAUUGUGCUCACAGGACUUAGAUACUUCUGGUUUUGUUAAUAGUUUUUUUAGGCCGUCGACGACCAUUGUGGUUGUUCGUUGUGGUCAACAUGAAUCAAUCUCUUUGCCAUUUGUAGUUCGUAUUAAUUUGCUUUCUUUAUGAACAACCUCCAGGGCUUGGCAGUGCAUGUGUCUUAUUCUUGUACGCAAUUAUCAUAGUAUGGGUUAUGUCUUAAGACACUAUUUCUUCACUCAGAACUGCUUGUUCCUUCCCCUCCAUCCUUCAUUUCCACCAGCAAGGCGCGGCACAACCAGCAUUCGACAAGGCGCAUGCGUGCCCCUUUGCGAUGCUGACUGUGCGGGAACAAGAGCCGCGACAAGAUAUCUUGACCUACGAGGCUCAUGCGUUGAGCGGGCUUGAUCUUGAAGGUAUGGGUCGAAUAGGGCACAUACGCUAUGGGACUACAACCAGUAGCACUUCAUCUUUUGCAGAGUUUACGAAGUGGCGUAGCUUGGAGACGAAGAUAGAAGAGGAAGUAGAUGAGGAAUCGGAGGAACCAAAAGCGAAGAAGAGAAGAAAAGAUGAUAAAAGUUCUGAGCUGCUGCAGGAGGCGGACGAGGCACAAGAGGACGUAGAGCGCAAGCCAAUUACAGCCAGGACCCCACGAUGGCAGGAAGCUUCCACAUUACAAGAACUCCGCAAUAAGAAAAUUCUCAAAGUUAAGGCUACCGCUGAUGCAUCCUCAGCAUCGUCCUUAAUCCCUUUUCUACUUGAAAAGGAGGCCAGGGAUGCGCUCAGGGAUGCUAAGGCGGCAGCUCUAACAAAGCCACUGGCUCCGAACUGCCGGAUGAAACCAAAGACAUCAACACUGACAUGCUUCGCAUGCUUGAAGCGCAGUUUUUCGACCACUUGAGGGUGGAACGGGAACAGCAUCUGCAAUUUGGAGCUCUGCAUCGACCUACACAGCAGAGUCAAAUGAUGCAUCUCAGUAACCUGAACGAAUGCAUCUUCACAGACUCCCACUUGGGUGCAUCCUUACUCUACCAUAUGGGGAACACGGUGCCACGCAAGCUCAUCCUUCCCCCUCGAGAUGAGUACGACCCACGACGAUUUUUCUGUAGCUAUAGUCCAGGUUGCGAUGAGAAGUUUUUCUCAACUUUGGCCGCAGAGUUGACUGCGCUAGACGAAAUGUUCAAAGACGAUGUGGACGACUUGGAUCAAGACGACUGCUUGGGCUUAGGGGCUGGAGGCUUGCACCUGGGAGGAGACUUGGGAACCUUAGGAAGUGGAGAGCUUGAAGGGAUCAUAGAGGAGGAGGUGGAAGAGCAACUCUUGG